CUCGCAAGAACGCUUUGUGGUCGUUGGCGCCUGUUAGCUGAAGUUCCUUCUAAAAAGAAACUAGGCAGGUUUGUUUCGGGUGCUUUUAACUGGCGAUUUUUUAUUUAUUUAUUUAUUUAUUUAAAAGAAAAAAGAAAUACUUCUCUUUUUCCCCCACCCAUUUCGUGGCACUGCAAAGCCGUAAGAAAGCUUUAAGAAAAUGGAAAUGAAAAAGAGAAUCAAUUUGGAGCUGAGAAACAGGAAGCCCUCAGAAGUAAGGGAGCUGGUGUUGGAUAACUGUCGCUCGGACGAUGGGAAGAUCACCGGCCUCACUGCUGACUUUGAAAACCUGGAGUUCCUCAGCAUGAUCAACGUGAACCUGCUGUCUGUAUCCAAUCUGCCCAAACUGAACAAGCUGAGAAAGCUGGAGCUGAGUGAUAACAGGAUAUCCGGGGGCCUGGAGGCUCUGGCUGAGAAGUGUCCCAGCCUGACGCAUCUCAACCUGAGUGGCAAUAAAAUCAAGGACCUCAGCACCCUCGACCCGCUGAAGAAGCUGCCCAACCUGAACAGCGUGGACCUGUUUAACUGCGAGGUGACGAUGCUGAUGGAUUACCGGGAAAGCGUGCUGGAGCUGCUCCCUCAGCUCACCUACCUGGACGGCUUCGACGCCGACGACCAGGAGGCUCCGGACUCCGACCCAGAGGGGCUGGACGAUGACCUGGAUGACGAAGAUGAGGAUGAGGAUGGAGAGGAGGAUGAGGAUGACGAGGAGGAAGAGGAUUGCGAUGAUGAUGGGGUUGUGGACGAGGGGCUAGAUGAGGAGGAGGAUGAUGACGAGGGGGCUGAGGAAGAGGAGGACGAUGAUGACGAAGAUGAGGAUGAUGACGACAGCGAGGAUGAGGAAGUGGAUGAUGCUGCUCCAGGACAGAAGAGGAAGAGGGAUGUAGAAGAUGAUGGAGAGGAGGAGGAGGAUGAUGAAGAAAGCUGAAGAGUUGUACAGGCACUGACCUCCUGGACUGUUUUAACCAACUAUGCACAAGGCUGACUAACUGGGAGUGGGGGAGGCGAGGGUGACUGAUUCUCGGUCAGCGUAUCUGGGGUGGGAUAGGGAGGGCUGACCAGGGACAGGCUAAUUUUUUAUUGUAAUACCCAGAUUCAGCAUCCAUCUUUUGAAACCCUGGUCACAUGAAAUUAAUAUAAUAGAGGGAGGGGGGGGGGUGAUAGUGCGCUUUUAGCAGGCAUCUCUGAAAAAUGAAUCAAUCAGUUCAAGCUGAACCAGGUUUUAGUCAAUCUGUGCAUGUGUUUUUUUUUUUUUUUUUUUUUGUUCUAUUAAAGUUGCAUAUGUUGUGCAUUGAAUAAAAGGCUGCUUUUUUUUUUUUAAUUUGUUUUAAACUGGUUAUUUUGUAAAUGUAUGUACAUACUUUUGAAUGCAAUUUGUUUUUUGUGGCAGUGUGAGUUCAGUGCUGUAAUUUUGUGUGUGCCCCCCUUUUUCUUGUAAAGAGGAAUACAUUGUUUUUAACUGACUUGUUAAGGUUUGUAAAAAAUAAUAAAAAUAAAUGGCUGCACCUUU